AUGCUGGACUUCAUCAUCAAGUUCGCGCAGGCGCAUGAGACUUUUCGCAUCCCCGAACUCCAAGCGCUUGCAGUUAUUGAAAAUGUGCCUCUGGACAUCAUAAAAUACGACGAGGCAUCUCCCCUGUGCAUUGUGAGGCUUCCGUCCGCGGAUGCGGCAAAGAGAAUUCUCCGUCGCUCCAUCAUGGCACAGUCAAUUCAUGAGCUAUGGGGUUCUGGCGAAAGCCUAGAGGAGCUCAACGACUCUGUCAAGGCGAGAAGUAGACCAGAGUGGCCGAAAUACAAUAAUUCAUCCUUCAAGUUUGUUUUUGACUCAUACCAAGGAUCGCGGUCCAAGCCCAGCCAGCUAUCUGUGAUCAACAGCUUCCAGUUCCUGCCCUUUGACGGACCCAUCAUCAUGAAGAACCCCGACGAAGUUUUCACCAUACUAGAACUGUGGCCCUGGAAUAGUGUUCCAAUGGGAGUCGAACACCCCGACUAUUAUCACCUGGGACGCUUCAUUGCUAACUCAGCCCGUGACGUUGUUCUCAAGUUUGAUCUCAAAAAACGGCAGUACAUAUCGACGACGAGUAUGGAUUCUGAACUUGCCCUGAUAACCGCGAAUAUUGCGUUGGCUGCGCCUGGCAAAAUAUUCUACGACCCGUUCGUUGGAACUGGAUCAUUUCCUAUCGCGUGUGCUCAUUUUGGCGCAAUGAGCUGGGGCAGUGAUAUAGAUGGACGAAGCAUCCGAGGCGAAGGCCACGAAAAGAGUCUCAGGGGAAAUUUCGGCCAGUAUGACAUAGAGUCAUUACUGGGAGACGUUUUUGCCGCGGAUAUCACCAAUAGCCCAAUCCGUAGACGGAGAUUCUGGGACGGUAUUGUAUGUGAUCCGCCAUACGGGGUACGAGAAGGAUUACGAGUUCUCGGGGUGAAAGAUCCCGAGAAAACGCCGUGGCUUGUCGAACGUGGUAUCAAACAUGGAAUGGAGUUCGACUAUGUGCCACCGAAGAAGCCAUAUAGUUUCAUGGCCAUCCUGGAUGAUAUCCUUGUAUUUGCAGUGGAGACACUUGUUGACAAUGGAAGGCUUUCGUUCUGGAUGCCCACGGCCAACGAGGAAGACCAACAAAUCCAAGCCCCAACGCAUCCGAGUCUUCAAAUCGUGGCCAACUGCGUCCAGAUGUUCAACAAAUGGUCCCGACGGCUGAUUACAUAUCGACGUAUACCGGACUCGGAAGUGUGCAUUGAGGCGUUCGAGGCAUAUGCUGCAGGCAGGGAGGCCGUCAUUGAAGUUGGAACCACCGCCGACGAACUAAAUCCUUUUCGUCGCGGGUAUUUUAGAAAAUUCCAAAGUGAUAGCUAA